UCACACUGGCGUCAGAUGUUUUGCAGUAACAGCUGUUCGUUGGAGCUAGCAAACGAAUUUUUAACAAAAAUACAAAUAAGAAAAUGUUUAGCAGUAGUUUGUCCGAUUAUCAGUUCACAAAGCUAUUUAAAAAUGGAAAAUUCAGUUCAGUUUACAAAGCCAAUCAUACGAUCAACAAUCGUGUUAUUGUCAUCAAAAAGUUUACGCUCGAGGAGGAAAACGAUGAAGCAUUGAAGAAACUCUUUGCCGAAAUUUUAUGUUGUCGUCAGUUCAAUCAUCCAAAUAUCAAUAAAAUUCUGCACAGUUUUAUAUCGGACAUGGAUGUGUAUGUCCUGUAUCCCUAUAUGUGUUUCGGAACGUGCCAAAUUUUACUCGAUAGCAUUUUCAUCAACGGUUUGCCAGAAACAUUGAUUGCCCUGAUCUUUAAAGAUGUGCUCUCGGCUCUUAUGUAUAUUCACUCCAAUGACUUUGUUCAUGGUGCGGUAAGAGCACAUCACAUUCUACUGGACAGCCAGAGAGCAGUAUUAUCGAAUUUUCACGAAAGUCGCAGUUUCAUAAAGCAUGGAAAGAAGAAGAACGUGCUGCACGGUGUCUCUCAGAUGAAAAACUUAAACUGGGCGGCACCCGAAGUCCUUGAUCAAAAUAUCCAUGGAUUCACCGAGAAGUGUGACAUUUACUCCGUAGGCAUUACGGCGUGUGAGUUGGCCAACGGAAUUCAACCAUAUAUUGAGACACAGCCCACACUAAUGUAUACGGAAAAGAUACGAGGAAAUGUGCCUUCAUUGCUGGAUAGAUCGACUUAUACCAUGCUCCUCGAUGAUCAGGGAAAAAUGCCAUUUGAAAAUUCAACAAGACGACGAUCGUUUGAAGUGUACAGUCAACGUGUUCUAUCCGAAGAUUUCCAUCAGUUUGCAGAGAUCUGCCUGAAUCGCAAUGCUGAGAAUCGUUGGAGUGCCAAGAAGCUGAUGACACACGCCUUCUUCAAACAAUGUCGACACUCGAGCAUCUCGGAUCACAUCAAGAAAUGUCGCACCGAGUUGCAACACAAUUCGUCGCUGGACGAUGAAGUAAUAAUUGGACUUCAAGAUGAGCAGCAAACCGAAAGACGAGGCAACUCGGAUCAUGUUCAAUGGAAUUUUUAAUGUGUUCGUUGCGAUUUGUAAAAUGUCAUAGACAAAUAAGCAUAA